AUGAGGUCGUUUAACUCUGUCGGCAAAAGUUUAUUCAGUCCGACAGUUGUUCAGAAAACAAUGGAAUCUGUUCCUUCAUCUGGUCCAAGUAAUGUAACCGGGAAAGCUCUUUCAUCAACCACCAUCAAGGUCAAGUGGGGAGAUGUCCCUCUCUUUGAACAAAAUGGCUUUAUAAUAAUCUACCAAUCCAAGGAUCCAAAAGAAGCCUCAAACUUCCGGGUGGUCAGCAACAACACUAAAAGCAUCAUUCUGAAAAAGCUACUGAAGUACGUCAUCUAUGAUAUACAAGUCCUAGCCUUUACAAAGAUGGGUGAUGGUGUACCAAGCAAGCCAAAACUUUUGAUUCGAACUCUUGAGGAUGUACCUGAUCCCCCAAUUAUCAUUUACUUUCCGGUGGUAACUUACAAGAUGGCUCGCGUGGUAUGGGCACCUCCAACCAAACCUAAUGGCAUUAUCAUCGCGUAUCGAGUGUCCUAUGUCCUUCAAAAUAAGCUUAGCAACAAGCAAGAAAGCUACACAGAAGUGAAUGCAACUGUGCACGAAUUUACAGCAUCUGGCCUCUUGAGAGAAACUUAUUACAACUUUAGUGUGGCAGCCAAAACGAAUAGUGGAUGGGGAAAACCAGCCAUCGUCCAAGUCUUCACAAUGAAGGAUAGAUCUGCACCUGAGAGUCCAUCAAAACCAAUCAUUUUGUCCCAGGUUCAAGCCCGGUCUGUCUCGAUCAGCUGGCAAAAUGGUAAUGAUGGCUAUGGCCCCUUACGUAAUUUCACUAUCCAGUUCAAAACUACCGAUCAAGGAGAAGAUAACUGGGACACAGUUCCUGAUGUCGUGCCUCCUGAUGUUACAACAUUCACAGUAUCUGGCCUCAAGCCGAACACAACAUACAGAUUCCGGGUAGCUGCUACAAAUGACAUUGGAACAAGUCCUUUUAGUAACAGUUCUGGUGAUGUCAGCACAUUACAAGAUGUGCCCGAAAAAGCCCCGACAAAUGUCAAAGUCGUCUCUAUAACAACCGAUUCAGUUAAUGUAACUUGGGAGGUCCCCAAUUCUAGCACCUGGAAUGGGCCUCUUUUGGGUUUUAUUGUCCAGUACCGGCAAGAUGACUUGGCGGAAUUUCAACAAGAAGACAUUACUUACAAAUCCAAACGAAACUCGAUAUGGUGUCAGCUGUCAAGUUUGAACAAAUUUGUCAACUACGAAUUUCGUGUCAUCGCUUAUAAUGAAAUUGGGAAGAGUCCAGCCAGCAAACCUUUUAUUUAUUUUGUUGGCUAUGCACCUCCCUCGGCCGCACCUGUGAAUGUCACAGCAGAAGCAUUGAAUGGUACACGGGUCAAAGUUACAUGGGAUCCUCCUCCCCAGGUCUCUCAAAACGGCAAGAUAUCUGGUUACAAGGUGAAAUAUUUUCGUCUCAGCAGGCCAUCAAAAACAAACAGCAUGACAACUUUGAACACCUUUGUCAUUCUCGAUCACUUGGCGAUGUAUUCAAAGUAUUCUAUUUCCAUUCUGGCUUUUAAUACAGCUGGACAGGGACCUAGAGCAAACGAAGUCAUCGUGCAGACAAAACAAGGAGCUCCAGGGCCUCCAGGGAAUCUGACAUUUUUCAGCAUCAUGCUCCAAUCACUUAAUGUCAGUUGGACUCGACCCAAAAAACCAAAUGGCAUUAUCAAAUUUUAUGAGGUGACCUAUCAUCAAGAAUACACAGAUGAAGGUCGGAAGAUGGUUCAACUUAAUGUUCCCGGAAACCAGUUGUUUUAUCAUGCAAAAGAACUAGAAGAGAACAAAACCUACAUUUUUACCGUACGGGCCAAAACAAUUCACCUGGGGAAAAAAAUAGCAGGUUCUAUUACAACUGGCCCUCAAAAAGGUUCCCCUGAUUCUCCCAACAAACCUCUAUGCGAGAUGACAACACGAGGCGUGAAUAUUUCUUGGUCCAAUCAAGACGAAGGUCACUACCCAAUUCUAAAAUAUCUCCUGCAAGCACGAAAGGAAGAUCCUCAGAGCAGCCAAACUUACCGCACAAAAAGAGAAACUGAAGCUGUGAGUACAAAGAGAGGUGUUUGGUCAACCAUUCUACUAAAAGAGUCUCCCCAGACGGGCGCCCUCCUCAAUGUCCACAGUCUUGAUGCUGGAGAUAUUUACCAAUUUCGUGUCAUGGCAAUAAAUUGGCUUGGAAUCAGUUUUCCAAGUGAACCUUCUGAGGCUUUAAGAAUUGAGGAUCCUUCCACAGGUUCCCUGGUUGAUGGAAAACGUCACCUUAUUGCCCGACCAUUCCAUACGGAAUGGUGGUUUCUGGUUAUCAUUGCUCUCAGUGGACUCAUAGUGAUCAUGACCGUUAUUCUGUUAUUGGUGCUGGUUGGUAGAAAGAAAAGAAUGAAGCGUGAAAGUAUGCGGAAAAGAAAUACUCCACCCCUGCCACUGGAACCACCCCCAGUGGAUGAUGGUGGAUUUACAACAUUUGACAGACGAUCAGUUUAUUGA